GCGCUCCGAAGCGCCCGCGGCCAAACGGCGAACGAGCUUCCUGGCGUCUGGAUGUCGGGCUUCGGUUGGCUUCUGUGCGUUGCUCUGUGUUAUUGCAAGCAGUUUGCGCUCGGCGCUAAUGUUACAAGUUCACGCCGAGAUAAUCACCGUCACAUCGAGAUUACGCAUCGUGGAUAAAUAAACGCGCGAGCCAUCGAUAUAAUUUCGCACGCACUGCGGCGAGCGUCGAACCUAACAGAGCAAACAACAAUAACACCAUGGAGACUGAUGAGCCUGAAUCAUCCAGUGGGCCAAUAUCAAGCUUGAACAGCUUGUUUUCCUUCACCAGUCCAGCUGUAAAGAAACUACUUGGCUGGAAGCAAGGUGAUGAAGAAGAAAAGUGGGCUGAGAAAGCUGUGGAUAGUUUGGUAAAGAAGUUGAAGAAACGAAAAGGCGCUGUCGAGGACCUAGAGCGCGCGUUAUCUUGUCCAGGAACGCCCAGUAAAUGUGUAACAAUUCCGCGUUCUCUUGACGGCCGCCUACAAGUCUCACACCGUAAAGGUUUGCCGCAUGUGAUAUAUUGCCGAGUGUGGCGAUGGCCCGACUUGCAGAGCCAUCACGAACUUAAGCCUAUAGAGCAGUGCCAAUAUCCAUUCUCAGCCAAGCAGAAAGAGGUCUGCAUCAAUCCCUAUCAUUACAAACGGGUCGAGAGUCCAGUUUUGCCGCCAGUGCUCGUGCCAAGACACAACGAUUACGUUCCCGGACAUUCCCUUCUGCCCUUCCAACAGAUUCUUGACAACAAUAUGCCGCACAACGUUAGCUAUUCUUCGUCCGGCUUCAGUAGUGGUCACGCCAGCCCCAGCUCACCGGCGAAUAUUCCCAGCCCUGGCAGCAUUAGCUCGCUGCAGUCGUCGAACAAUCCACAGUCGCCGUACUCGAAUUUAGCAGAAACACCACCACCGGCGUACAGUCCCACCGACGACCAGCCUGCGAACAACAAUGUUACGACCGAGCCAAACCUCGCUGAUGUGCAAUCAGUAGCUUACCAAGAACAGCAGUACUGGGCGUCGAUAGCCUACUACGAGCUCAAUUGUCGUGUCGGUGAAGUUUUCCACUGUCAAUCAACGUCUGUCAUUGUUGACGGUUUUACCAACCCUCGUAGCAACCACGAUCGUUUUUGUCUUGGCCAACUUAGCAACGUCAACCGCAACUCGACCAUAGAGAACACACGACGUCAUAUCGGCAAAGGUGUACAUUUGUACUAUGUGAAUGGCGAGGUGUACGCCGAGUGUCUGUCGGACAGUGCGAUCUUUGUGCAGUCGCGUAACUGCAAUCACCACCACAGCUUCCACCCGUCGACUGUAUGCAAAAUACCUGCUGGAUGCUCGCUGCGGAUAUUCAAUAAUGCCGAAUUUGCGCAAUUGCUUUCCACGUGUGUCAAUCACGGUUUUGAGGCGGUAUAUGAGCUAACGAAAAUGUGCACAAUUCGAAUGAGUUUUGUCAAAGGCUGGGGUGCCGAGUACCAUCGGCAGGACGUGACGAGCACGCCGUGCUGGAUCGAAGUGCAUUUGCAUGGUCCACUUCAGUGGCUGGACAAGGUGCUCACGCAAAUGGGUGCUCCUCACAACGCCAUCAGUUCGGUCUCAUAAACGGUUAUUAAUGCAAGUUUUUAUUUUAAUUACGAUUACCUACCUUAAGCAUGCCUCUCUAAAUACAAGGCUUCAAGUUCGAAAUAACUCGGAAACUAGUGAAAUUGGAAACAAUUUUUGAUCAACUUUGUAUUUUCGAAUAGUUUAUUAAGGUACAAUAAUACCAGUGAAUAGGAGUUUGCAACUGAUCUCGUGAAAUUGUAACUUGAUAUGCGUUCGCUAAUUGCCUAAGUUGCGUGCAACGAACACAAAUGAACGAUAACGAAGCGCCCAGAUAAUGCGUCUUCGGAAUGUGUGUGUAUUGAAUUUCCAAACAUUAAGCUGUUACUACUUUAAUAUGCAAGUUUAUAAAGGGCGCUUAUCUUGAGAAUGUGAGUUAUGAAAAAGUUGAUGCAUUGUAUAUAAUUAAGUAUUGUUUUUCUUGUACCCGAAUGUUGAUUGGAACUAGAUCGUGGCGCCACACGAUCUUACCUAUAACAAAAACGAAUUUGCUCGUUUACUAUUUGGUACUAAAAUCCAUCCAAUUUAUGCCUAAAUGUAAAGUGCUCUUGUUUUGCAAAGAUUUACAAUUGUAUGGGACUUGCUGUUUCAUGCAUUAAACGGAUAUUACCAUAUUGCCUAAUGUGAAGUGCGCUUGAUUUGCAAACAAAUUAAAUAACUUAAUGCAGUUUUAAAUUACGUACAAGUUGUAAUGUGCAAGGAGAAAUCACAAAAGUUUACUACAAAAGCAUUUAUUUUCAAAUUAUCUAUGAAAAUUAUAUUUAUAGAGAAACUAUUUACCUCUACCAGAAGAAAGGCCAUAUAUAAAUAUUUUUAUUCGUGAAAUAUUAAUAUUAACUACGUUAAAAAAUGUUGUGCAAACUGUAAACAAGUGCAAAUAAUGAUAUAUUGAUGGAACGAAUUUUGAGAAAAAAAUAUGUGCAUGUGCAAAACGAAUAUGAUAAAUAAUGUAAAUGUACAAGUUAAUGUAUAGAUUUUAAUGAAGUUCAAACAAGACGCGUAUUUCUCAACACACUAUUUUACAAAUAACGUAUUCAAUGUUCAUUCUUCGAUUUGCUAGUGUAUGAUGGAAAGAAGGAGUAAGGUUUCGUUACAAAAUUUAUAUUAAUUGAUUGAUAAAAUUGAAUUUGUUGUGUUGCCAUUAUCUUGCUCAUUUAUAUCUUAUUGUAAAUUUGUUAUAUUUUUAAUGUUUAAUAUUUUAUAACGUGUAUUUUGAUACGUUUGGUGAUUUCGUUAUCAUCUGCAAUUACACAUGUGCAACUCUUGGCUAAAUGCAUAAUUUCGUUUCUUUUUUUCUUCCGUUUUGUUAAAACUUUAAGUCGUUUUGUUUAUAUAAAUUACGAGGUAGUAAUAAGCAGCCAUAUUAUAUACCGUAAAUCAGUAAAUUUGUAAUAUAAGACAUAAAUAAAAAAAAAUUAAAGUA